AUGGCGAACCCCUUCUACAAAGAGCCCGAGUUCGAUACUUUACAGCUCCAUGCGGGACAGGAACCAGACCCUACCACGAACGCCCGUGCCGUGCCAAUUUACGCGACUACGAGCUUUGUUUUCAAUGAUUCUGCGCACGGCGCCGAUCUCUUUGGAUUAAAAACAUUCGGCAACAUAUACUCGCGUAUUGGGAACCCUACAGUGGACGUAUUUGAGAAGCGAGUAGCAGCACUCGAAGGAGGCGCCGCGGCGGUAGCAACAUCUUCUGGCCAAUCUGCCCAAUUCCUGGCUAUCUCAGCCCUCGCUGGCUCAGGCGACAACAUCGUAUCAUCAUCUUUCUUGUACGGAGGCACAUAUAACCAAUUCAAAGUGACGUUCAAAAAGUUCGGCAUCGGCGUCAAAUGGGUAACGGAAAACGACCCCGCUGCAUACGAAGCCGCCAUCGACGAGAACACCAAGGCGAUAUUCAUAGAGAGCAUCGCCAACCCAAAAUAUGUCGUUGCGGAUAUCCCUGCAUUAGCUGAGGUAGCGCACAAGCAUGGUAUCCCCCUCGUCGUGGACAACACAUUCGGCAUGGCAGGAUACCUCAUCAGACCCAUAUCGUUAGGUGCAGAUAUCAUAGUCCACAGCGCCACUAAGUGGAUAGGCGGACACGGCACCACCAUCGCUGGUGUAAUCGUAGAUUCAGGCAAUUUCGACUGGACCAAAUCAACCAAAUUCCCCGGAUUUACCAGCCCUUCGGAAGGGUAUCAUGGUUUGGUCUUCGCCGAAACCUUUGGUUCCGUCGCCUUUGCCGUCAAAGUCCGCACCGAGCUUCUCCGAGAUAUUGGUCCGGCGUUGAAUCCGUUCGCCGCGUUCCUUCUUCUUCAGGGGCUCGAGACUCUGAGUCUGCGAGGUCAGCGACACUCGGACAACGCUCUUGCUUUGGCACAGUGGCUAGAGCAGCACCCGAGCGUUGCAUGGGUAUCUUACCUCGGACUUCCUUCCCAUCCUUCCAAUGCGAUCGCUCAGAAACUCCUGAGGGCUAAGAACGCGUAUGGUGGAGUACUAAGCUUUGGCGUAAAAGCAGACGCCGCAACAGCGAGUAAGGUUGUCGACUCUCUCAAGCUCGCCAGUAACCUGGCGAAUGUGGGCGAUGCAAAGACGCUAGUCAUCCACCCGGCCACUACGACACAUCAGCAGCUAUCUGAUGAAGAGCAGCUCGCUUCUGGUGUUACCCCCGACUUGAUUAGGGUUUCGGUUGGAAUUGAAGCUAUCAGCGAUAUAAUUGCUGACUUUGCGGAAGCAUUGAAGGUCAUUCCUAGUCAGUAG